GCAUUUCCUUUUCUCCUCCUCCUCCGCUUGUUUGUAAUCAGACACUAGAAACUUCUCUCUCUCUCUGAAAAUUAUGGCGUCAAUUUCGGCCGUCGGAUCUCUUUCUAAGUAUUUUCGUGUUAAAUCGUCCGCCGCAGGUCCACCACCACCGCCGCCGAUAAUUCCAGACCUGCUGCGUGUUAUCUGCCGCCGAAGUUCGGAUGACUCAUCAAAUUAUUUUGUGGCAAGUGAAAGAUUGGAGCAUAGGGCACUGAUCGAUCGGAGACAUAUUUUGAUGUCAUCCAUUGGAUUAUUGGCUGCGGCAACCUUGGAUUCUCAAAGGAAUCCAGAUUCCAUUGCAUCUGAAUAUGCUGAUAUGCCAGCUUUGCGUGGAAAGGAUUACGGCAAGACAAAGAUGCGCUAUCCUGAUUAUACCGAAACUAAUUCAGGUCUCCAAUAUAAGGACUUGCGACAAGGUAGUGGGCCCAUUCCGAAAACAGGAGAAAUUGUAGUGGUUGAUUGGGAUGGUUAUACAAUUGGAUAUUAUGGACGGAUAUUUGAAGCUCGUAACAAGACAAAGGGUGGCUCGUUCGAGGGCGAAGAUAAAGAAUUUUUCAAAUUCAGAUUAGGAUCACAAGAGGUCAUACCCGCAUUCGAGGAAGCUGUAUCAGGCAUGGCUCUUGGUAGUAUAAGAAGGAUUAUUGUUCCGCCAGAACUAGGAUAUCCCGAUUCUGACUACAACAAGAAAGGUCCAAGGCCAACUACAUUUUCGGGCCAAAGAGCACUGGAUUUCGUGUUAAGGAACCAAGGUUUGAUUGAUAAAACUCUCCUCUUUGAUAUCGAGCUCAUCAAAAUCGUGCCUAACGGAAGAGGUUAAAAGCUUAACACAUGAUGAGAUUUUACAAUGUCACUCUUACCAGUGCUCAAAUUUUAUGCAGUCCGAAGCAUCCGAUUGUAAAUUGCAACGCAUUAUGAAUUUGUAAAUGCUAUUGUGAAACGGUGUUUUCAUUUUUGUGUUAUUAUGCGUGUUGUAUCA